UAUGAAGGCGCGUCCUUCUCCGAAUCACGCAGGAAAAAACCUCUGCAUCAGCUGUCAGCGGGUUUUGUUGGAGCUGAGCGGCCAACAGUCUUGAGUGCUUCCUAACCACGUCCAAGGGGCUGUAGCCUUUGACCCGCAGCUCAUCAAUCUCCCACCAGUGUCAUCAUCGCACUCGUCUCAAUCGAGGCUGUCAGAGGAGGGCAGGAGUCAGGGACUUGUAUGGUUUGUUUGUGCUCCCUUUGCAUCCGUGUUUGGUUCCUUUGUGUGGGCAUCAACAAUGGAGUGAAAUCUGGAGUGCGCACUGAAGGGCUGCGUGGGAGCUAGCUGACCCUAAUCUCAUGUUAAUGUAUCUUUAUAUGUUUAUAUGUUGAAGUCUAGUUUCGUUUGCCACAAUAUAGUUUGAUUCUUGUGUACACAUCAUAAAAGCUGCACAAUUGUUGUUUUCCUUUGACCUAAAUUCAGUUUUCUUUAUGUGUUUGCCUACCAAUGUUUCGUUUGUUUUUCUUAUUCUGGGUUUAAUGAUAUACCCCUGGAAAUGAAGCCAGCGCCGCACACAGAACAGUAAAAAGGGCAAAUAUGUAACCCGUUGUUGGCCUGUGGGAAUAAAAGCUGGUGUACUGUACUUGUGCAAAGAGAAGACAUUCAGUUUUUUUCUGGCUCAGUGAAGCAGGCUGAUGACACUCAUUCUUCAUAACUGUCCUGUCUGAUUGUCUCUCUUCUCGCCCCCUCCACCUAGCUUGAGGAUUUUAUAACUCUCCUCAGCGGAAGAGCGCCGCAUCUUGUAAGGAGCCACAGAGGAAAUUUCACAGUUACGAAGUUGUCGGAGUCCAACAUGGGGUAUGGCAUGCUAAGCGUGUUCCUGGGACUGCUCCUGGAGGUGUCCACCCACGGACCCCAUGCUGUACCCCGAACCUCCUGGAGACACCAAGAGUUGGAGCUGAUGGAAUUCUCCGAGCCGGGCAUCUCCAACUACUCCACUCUGCUGCUUAGCAACGAACGGGACGCACUCUAUGUGGGCGCCCGGGAGGCCAUCUUCGAGCUGAGCAAGAAGAAUGUGACUGUCCGAAACCACAAGGUUCUGUGGCAAGUUGGCGAGACCCCCAUAGCCAUGUGCACUCUCAAAGGAAAAUCAAAGGAGACCGACUGUCUGAACUACAUCCGGGUGCUGCAGGUCGCCGAUGACCAGCGGCUCUACGUGUGCGGGACACAUGCCUUUCAACCGCAGUGUGAUUAUUUGACUUUGGCUGACUUUUCCUUAGAGGGUCGAGCAGAAGACGGCAGGGGCAAGUGCUCGUUUGAUCCCUCGCAAAGCUUCACCACCAUCAUGGUUGAUGGAGAACUGUAUUCUGGGACCGCUUACAACUUCUUAGGUAGUGAGCCCAUUAUUUCUAGAUACUCUCCAUCACCGUACCUGCUGAGGACUGAGUAUUCCACAUCAUGGCUCAACGAGCCCAGUUUUGUUUUUGCCGACGUGAUCAGGGAAGGGGAGAACCCUACGGACGGCGAGGAUGACAAAAUCUACUACUUCUUCACCGAGGUGUCCGUGGAGUACGAGUUCUUCGGAAAUCUACUCAUUCCGAGGGUGGCUCGUGUUUGUAAGGGCGACCAGGGAGGACAGAGGACAUUGCAAAAGAAGUGGACGUCCUUCCUGAAAGCCAAGCUGGUGUGCUCCAUGCCCGAACUCAACUUUGUCUUUAACGUGGUGCACGACGUCUUCAUCCUGAAGGCCGCCCACUUGAGGGACACGGUCAUCUACGGGGUCUUCACUUCUCAGUGGGGAAAUGUUGGUCUGUCGGCAGUAUGUGCCUACAACAUGUCCGCCGUGGAUGAGGUCUUCUCCAAGGGCAAGUACAUGCAGAAGGCCACCGUGGAGCAGUCCCACACUAAGUGGGUUCGCUACAAUGGCGUUACUCCUUCACCACGCCCUGGAGCAUGUAUCAACAGCCGCAUGAGGCAGCAGAACAUCACGAGCUCGCUGCACCUCCCCGACAAGACCCUGCAGUUCGUCAAGGACCACCCCUUGCUGGAGGACCCCGUCCUGCCCAUUGGCAACAGGCCUCGCCUCAUCACCAAGAACGUCAACUACACGCAGGUCGUCGUGGAGCGCGUCCGCACCCUUGACGGGAGCAUCUUUGAUGUCAUUUUUACCGGAACGGAUAAGGGGGUCCUACACAAGUCAGUGGUCCUCGGAGAAGAGGUCCACAUGGUGGAGGAAAUCCAGCUUCUGAAGAACUCCGAGCCCAUCAAGAACUUGGUGCUGUCUUCCGAGACGCAAUCCCUAUAUGCCGGUUCUGACUCUGGCGUUGUUCAGUCUCCCACGGCGUUCUGCCGCAACUAUCAGUCCUGUGAUGACUGCAUACUGGCCCGAGAUCCAUAUUGUGCCUGGGAACCUCACACUGCCCGAUGCGUCAAAAUCUCUGACACGCCCAGUCAGCAGCUCAGGGGGCUAAUUCAGAGCCUCAGUGGUGAUGCAGACAAAUGUCCUAAAGCUCCCAUUGUGCCCCUGAAGGACUACCAGCGUGUUUCGGUCAAGCCUGGCAGCUCCGCCGAGCUGCCAUGCCUGGUGCGCUCCAACAUGGCGCAGGUGACGUGGCGAUCCAACGGCUCGCUCCUCACCGAGGCCUCACCCUUCCACUUCAUUCGAGAGAACGGCCUGCUCAUCUACAGCGUGGCUUCCCUGGACCAGGGCCUAUACGAGUGCUGGUCUGUGGAGUUCGUCGCCGGCGUUGGGAAGAACUUCACACGCCUCCUGGCUGGUUACGUCUUGACUCUGGAGGUCUCGCAGACCGCAACCACCCGCCAGAGCCAGGAGAUCACGCGCAGCGUGGAAGGUAAAGUCGAGGCUGACAGAGUGCUAAUAUCAGCCUUCGCCCCGCCCAGUUUCACCCCCGCCGUGCAGCUCACAUCACCGCCCCGCUCAUCACUAACCCCAACCAGCGGCACCGAUCAGCCGCCCGAGCAGCAGGUUCCCCCGAAGAGCGACGCCCCAGAGGCGGAAUACUUGCAGCACGGGAACGGCACGGCCCUCCUCUUUCUCUUCUUGCUCUUCUUCCUGCUCUUCCUGGCUGCAGUGGCCUAUAACUGCUAUAUGCAGUACCUCCCGGCUCCGUGCCUGCACCUGCGGGCUGCCCUGUUGGGCACGCACAAGAAAAGCGACGCCGCCCGGCCUGAGUAUAGCGCCUGCGAAGCGGGCCUCAUGGAGACGCCAGUUGUGUCAGACAAAAUCGCCGCGAAGGAGCGGCCAGCGCAGAACAGCAGUCAGAAUCUGCGUGCGCUGCGCGAUACGGGCUACGAAACGGAGCCCGAGUGCAGCAAUGGGCGAGUGCCCUCACACACUUUUGCAGACGAAAGCCCGCCCCCGCAGAAACCCUUUGACGUGGACUGUGACUCCCAGUCCAUCCAGUUCGCUGACGCCGAUGAGCCUUAUUGCUAGAAACAAAAUGGAAGCUUGGCACUCUUGCCACACACUUGUCAUCUUUUUGCUUUUUAUGUUCAGGAAGCUGCUGCGCCCUCCUAAAUUGCAAAGGGGCAGAACAUUUC